AUGCUGAGGAUGAAGCUGCCGCUGAAGCCGAGCACCGCGAGACCGCGCGAGCGAGAGAGCAGGAGGCGACGCGCGGCCGGGCGCUAAGGCGCCGCCGCGCCGCCGCGCGACUGCCGCCCCGCGCCGCCGCCGCCGGCCCGCGCGGGCCCUGCCGCGCCGCCGCGCCCGCCGCCGCGGCUCGGGCCGCCUGUUGCUGGCGGAGCGGCGGCGGGGGCGGGCAUGCCGGGCGGCGGCGGGGGGCCCUCGGCGGCGCUGCGGGAGCAGGAGCGGGUGUAUGAGUGGUUCGGGCUGGUGCUGGGCUCGGCGCAGCGCCUGGAAUUCAUGUGUGGGCUGCUGGACCUGUGCAACCCGCUGGAGCUGCGCUUCCUCGGCUCGUGCCUGGAGGACCUGGCGCGCAAGGACUACCAUUACCUGCGCGACUCGGAGGCCAAGGCCAACGGCCUCUCGGACCCGGGGCCGCUGGCCGACUUCCGAGAGCCGGCCGUGCGCUCGCGCCUCAUCGUCUACCUGGCGUUGCUGGGCUCGGAGAACCGAGAGGCCGCCGGCCGCCUGCACCGCCUCCUGCCCCAGGUGGACUCGGUGCUCAAAAGCCUGCGCGCGGCCCGGGGCGAGGGCUCACGGGGCGGCGCGGAGGGCGAGGACGGCGACGGCGAGCAGGACGCCGAGAAGGACUGCUCCGGCGCGGAAGGUAGCGGCACCGAGCCUCGGGCCGGUAGCGGACUCGGCUUCAGGGCCCAAGAGGAACUGCUGCUGCUCUUCACCAUGGCCUCGCUGCACCCGGCUUUCUCCUUCCACCAGCGGGUCACCCUGAGGGAGCACCUGGAGAGGCUCCGCACCGCGCUCCGCGGGGGCCCAGAGGACGCAGAGGUGGAGGUGGAACCCUGCAAGUUUGCCGGCUCUAGGGCCCAGAACGACUCUGCUCAUGGCGAUUAUGUGCAAAGUAAUGAGACCAGUUUAAUAGACCAAGCCCCAAUACCUCAGGAUGGACUUACUGUGGCCCCUCAUAGAGCUCAGCGAGAAGCUGUACACAUUGAGAAGAUAAUGUUGAAAGGAGUCCAGAGAAAAAGGGCUGACAAAUAUUCGGAAUACACUUUCAAAGUAAAUUGGUCUGAUCUUUCAGUCACAACAGUAACAAAAACCCACCAAGAACUACAGGAAUUUCUACUGAAGCUUCCAAAGGAAUUGUCUUCAGAAACUUUUGACAAGACCAUCUUAAGAGCCCUGAAUCAGGGUUCCUUGAAAAGGGAAGAACGGCGACAUCCUGACCUAGAGACCAUCCUAAGGCAGCUAUUUUCAACUUCAUCACAAGCUUUUCUACAGAGUCAGAAAGUGCACAGCUUUUUUCAAUCCAUAUCAUCAGACCCUCUGCACAGUCUCAAUAACUUACAGUCCUCUCUGAAGACUUCUAAGAUAUUAGAACACUUAAAAGAAGACAGCUCAGAAGCUUCAAGUCAAGAAGAAGAUGUGUUGCAGCACACUGUAAUCCACAAGAAACAUACCGGAAAGAGUCCCAUUGUGAACACUAUUGGUACGAAUUGUUCUCCAUUGGACGGGCUUACCAUGCAAUAUUCUGAACAGAAUGGAAUUGUGGAUUGGAGGAAGCAAAGCUGCACCACCAUUCAGCACCCAGAGCACUGUGUGACCUUAGCUGACCAGCAUUCUGCUGAAAAACGGAGCUUAUCUUCAUUAAAUAAGAAGAAAGGAAAGACACAAAUAGAGAAGGAGAAAAUUAAGAAAACUGACAACAGAUUGAAUAGUAGAGUAAAUGGUAUUAGACUAUCUGCUCCUCAGCAUGCCCAUGGUGGUACUGUGAAAGAUGUGAAUUUGGACAUUGGAUCUGGACAUGACACAUGUGGAGAAACAUCUUCAGAGAGUUACAGUUCUCCGUCUAGUCCACGACAUGAUGGAAGAGAAAGUUUUGAAAGUGAAGAAGAAAAAGACAGAGACACAGACAGCAAUUCUGAAGAUUCUGGGAAUCCAUCAACAACUAGGUUUACAAGUUAUGGUUCUGUCAACCAGACUGUCACUGUCAAGCCACCUGUUCAAAUUGCUUCACUAGGAAAUGAGAGUGGAAGCCUUUUAGAUGAUCCCUUAAACGCGCCCAAGUAUCAGCAUAUUUCUUUUAUGCCAACUUUACACUGUGUCAUGCACAAUGGUGCCCAGAAGUCUGAAGUUGUCGUUCCUACACCCAAAUCUGCUGAUGGUAAAACAAUAGGGAUGCUUGUUCCUAGUCCUGUUGACAUCUCUGCAAUAAGGGAGUCCACAAAUUCAACCCCUGUUGGAAUACUAGGGCCAACAGCUUCCACUGGAGAAUCAGAAAAGCACCUUGAAUUACUGGCUUCCCCUUUACCUAUUCCAUCAACCUUCCUUCCACAUAGUAGUACUCCCGCUUUGCACCUGACAUUGCAGAGGCUGAAAUUGCCACCACCACAGGGAUCUUCGGAGAGUUGCACAGUUAACAUCCCACAACAACCUACCGGAAGUCUGAGCAUCGGGUCACCAAACACUGCCUUUAUUCCUGUCCAUAACCCAGGUAGUUUUCCAGGAUCUCCUGUUGCUACCACGGACCCCAUCACAAAAUCUGCAUCUCAAGUGGUAGGACUAAAUCAAAUGGUGCCUCAAAUUGAGGGAAACACUGGGACAGUCCCUCAGCCUACCAAUGUGAAGGUAGUUCUUCCAGCAGCUGGCCUCUCAGCCACACAGCCACCAGCUUCCUACACCUUACCAGGCUCCCCCCUUGCCGCCAGCGUGUUACCCAGCCAGAACUCCAGUGUGCUCAACACGGCAGCACCGUCUCCCCAGCCGGCGAGCGCGGGCCUCAGCCAGGCCCAGGCUACCGCCCCUCCUGCGGUUCCUACCCACACCCCAGGCCCUGCCCCGAGCCCGAGCCCUGCUUUGACACACAGUACUGCGCAGAGCGACAGCACAUCUUACAUCAGUGCUGUGGGGAACACAAACGCCAACGGGACGGUAGUGCCACCGCAGCAGAUGGGCUCAGGUCCCUGUGGUUCUUGUGGGCGAAGGUGCAGCUGUGGGACCAAUGGAAACCUUCAGCUAAACAGUUACUAUUAUCCUAAUCCAGUGCCCGGACCAAUGUACCGAGUCCCGUUCUUUACUCUGCCAUCCAUUUGCAAUGGCAGCUACCUCAACCAAGCACAUCAGAGCAAUGGAAACCAACUUCCUUUUUUUCUGCCUCAGACUCCAUAUGCAAAUGGACUGGUCCAUGACCCAGUCAUGGGGAGCCAGGCCAGCUAUGGCCUGCAGCAGAUGACAGGGUUCGGGAGAUUCUAUCCUGUAUACCCGGCACCUAACGUAGUUGCCAACACCAGUGGUUCGGGGCCCAAGAAGAAUGGGAAUGUCUCGUGUUACAAUUGUGGUGUCAGCGGACACUAUGCACAGGACUGUAAGCAGUCAUCCAUGGAGGCCAAUCAACAAGGCACUUACAGACUGAGAUACGCACCUCCCCUCCCCCCUUCUAACGAUACGUUGGAUUCUGCAGACUGAGACAAGUAAAGCUUGCCUACUUAAUACACUCAAGUGUGGGGAGUCAUGGGGUGUGGAGGGGAGGAAAGGAAAGGUAGCAUCUAGUACUUAGGAGCAACAUCCAUUUGAGCUUGGAAGACACCUUUUCUCAGUUCCGCAUACUGAUUACAAAAGCACUCUAAGCUCCAAUUUGAUCCGCUGUAAAAGGAGGCCUCAGCCGGCCUCUCACCAGAAGAAAUUGCUCAUUGGAAAGCAAUGCCACCUGGUGGGAGACAAGGACAGUGCAAGCGAGCAGAUGCUAUUUCCUACUGACCUAAUUUAGAGAAAAUUAAACGUAAGAGAGAAAGCGUUUGGGAUUGUAAACCUGUGCCCAGAACCUUAAAGAAUGCUGGUGGCUGGCUAUAAAAGCAGUGUGAGCAGUCUCCUCGUUCAGCCGUUGACAUCUGAGUUUCUGUGUGAACACCUUAAAGGCAUGGAUGGUUCUUUAGUUUCCUUGGCACUUUUCCUGUGUUCCUUUGGUCAUCACGACAGUGAAAGGGAUGGGAUCUACCCCCCCCCCGUUUUCUGUAUUAGGAAUUGGGGGUUCAGCAAGAUUAAGUGAUGAAGUCCAGGCCCCGACUUCAGCUUUGUGCUCACUUCCCUGCACCGUGUCCUGCCUUCACGGGUGCUUCUACGCUGAACCAAGUGCAGUGGCUUUUUAAAACUGUGUAAGAUGAUAGGAACCCACAGACAUAACCACCAUGUGGCCUCUGGAUUCCUAAGAGGGCUGGACCAGGUCGUGGGCACAGCUGCAGCCCAAGCUGUGUUGUAGCUUGUUGGGACGACUCUUUUCUGUGUCUCUGUUGGAGGAUUUAAGGACGUGGAAUGGGAAAACUUUUCCAGAGAUAGGAGACCUUGGAACUUUUAGAACUACGCUUUAAAUAUUUGCCUAUCUCAGGUAAAUUCAAGGAGUAUCAGUGCUUGCUGAUACUGAAGGUUUUAAACAUUCACAAAUACCCUCAUGAGCACACUGAGUUUUGGUUUGCAAAGGUUUUUGUUAUCCUUGUGUCUUAAGUCGAGCAUGAAGUGAAUAGUCCAUUCCAUUAGUUUUAAAACUUCAGAAAUUAAGGAAUGAAGAGAUGGCAUGAGCAGAAAGGAUGAGCAACUGCUGAUAUUUUCAAAGCUCUGACAUUCGCAAGUCAAUUGUCCCAAGCACUCUUUCUACCAGCCACCCCCCACAAAACACUCCAAAGGCAAAGAAUCUCCGUGGCAACAACUACAAUCAUCCCCACUCCAAGAAAGCACUGCUAAGUGCUGAGAAAGCCACCAGGCCACCUAGCAGUCAGUCAGUGCUUGCUCUUGCUGGCAUAGAGGCGUUAAGUCCUGUUUGUUACAUGGUAACUCACUUGUGCCUUGGACACCCUCAUAAAACCAGCUUGUUGGACGUGCAGUGCUGGUCCUGGCUUUGUUCCCAGCACCCACCGCGCUGUAGGUGACCUUGCUCAGGCUGCUUUAUGGAAGGAGGAUAGUAUCACUCACUUCAUAGAAUAGAUUGCAAGGAUUAAAUCUGGCAAAAUAAAGCACUCAAUGUCUGACACAUGGUAGGCUCUCAAUAAAUUUGUGCUGGUAGCUAACAACACUUGAAUGCCAGCACAGGCCAGACAUGAUCAGCACAUCUCAGCCUCAUAUCCAACCUCUGAGGUAGGUUCUCUGCUCCGUCUUACAGUUAGGUAAUUCGAAGCAAAGGCUAAGAGUUGCUGUCCAGGGACACAGAGCAAUUAAAUGACAGUGCACCUAGGCAGUGUGGCUUCAGGGGCGCUGCUCUGUGUGCCUGUUGUAUAGAUACGUCAGUGCGGGUACUGGCAGCCCUGCGCUGGGGUCAGGCAGGCAGGGUUCUCAGGCUCUGCCUUAAACACUGUUGUCUUGAACAACUAGCCCUUUCUGGACCUUUCUUUCCUUGUCUGAAAGCUAUGUGGAUGGUAAAUGGUGAUAAGAAAUUGAACUCCGUGAUCUCGUAUUCCUUUCAGUUCCAAAAUUCUGUGACUCACUGGAAGCUUGCUUUUUCACUUUAAAUGAUUUAUCAAGGUUUAUAAUUCUUUAUCUUUACACUUCUUUGUGGCUUAACUGGUUUGAAGUCCUUAUUUGGUGCGGGUCAGGGACACAAGCCCCAGCUGUCACAGCGAGGCUGUGGGACUGAAAAUAUUCUCCGGUCUUGAGGGGAGAGCUGGGAGGAAGGACCGGCCGGUCCCCAGAGGGCAGCACAGGCUGGCCAAAGCAGAUAGCAGUUUCUGUCCCUCCUCCUCCAUCAGGGUGUCCAGGCUCCUCUCUAGCUGUAUGUAUAAAGUUGUCAUUUUCAGGGGCUAUAUGACAGACAAAGCUAUAUGACUGGCCUCAUGCCAAAGGAUAUGAGGUUAAGCACAGCUGUGGGAUAGGCAACAUAGACCAAGGGUUGUCAAACUACAGCCUGCAAUCUAAGAAUGGUGUUUUCCAUCUUUAAAUGGUUAAAAAAAACAACAUUUUUAAUGACACGUGAAAAUUAUAUGAUACUCGAAUUUCAGUGUCUACAAAUAAAGUUUAUUGGAACACAGCUACUCUCGUUCCUUUACAUAUUGUCUACGGCUGCUUUCAUCCUGUCUCAGCAAAGUUGAGUCAUUGCGAUAGAGACCAUGUGGCCCUCAAGGCCUAGAAUGUUUACUGUCCUGUUACAGUAAAAGCUUGCUGACCCCUGACAUUUACCAGCCUUAUCUAAAUAACGUUGCCCUUUGAAGUAUCUUUAAAGUCCGAAUGCUCUGGAAGGAGGAAUUUGCACCCUCUGUUUUUGGUGCUGUUUUCUUAGCACACUAAAUAGAAGGUAGUCCUUGGACGCGUUCAGUUUAGCAAACAUUGGCUGGGAGCGCAGCCAGGGAGGGGUGUGACUAACCACAACAGAAUGACAUGCCUCGGACCGCAAAGAAUGGAGAGGUGGAUUCUGCCUGAGGAGAACCGAAGGAGGAUUUUUCAAAGGACAUGUUUUAGUUGGGCCAAGGUGGAAGAAGUGUGAUUUUCCUUAAUGAUGACAGGAGAGAUGGCAGAGAAAACAGCAUAAUCAAGGAUGUAUUUCAGAAAAGUAGCUGAUAUGGAAUGCAUUGGGUCAGGGACGAAGAGGAGGUGGUGGCAGCAGGGGCUGACAGGGCCCAGGCUGGGAAGGCGCAGGGCCAGGGGACGGGCUGGGGAGGGGCGGGGCCAAGAGGAGUGGGUCUGAAAGAAUGCGUGGGUCAGUUGCACGGGAUGGUGUCGUGGUGCUUGAGUGACAUGUGGUCAGCCAGUGGUUCUCAAAGUGUGGUCCUUGGGUUUGCCUGCAACAGUCACCGCAUGGGCUCAAGUGAAAACACAGACUCCUUGACUCUCCUUCCCCCAAACACAUUCCUACAGAGUGGAAGUUUCCAAAGAAAGCAGAGCUGCCACAGAAGGCUGAGAAUGAGAAUUGAGAGACAUUGG